UUCUGUGUGAUGGACGAUCGCGGAGGCGCGGGGACGACAACUGAAAUGAGGAUUAAAAGGAAGAAUAUUCAGUACAGAGGCGACGCGAGAAGAGGAAGGUGAAAGCGGUGAACAGCAAGGAUGACGAGCUUAUGUUAGUUGCGAGAAGAAAAUAGAAGUGCCAAGAGGUACGAAGCGGAUGACAGGAGGCGGACGAAGGCCACAGCGGAGCGAGCGAGGAGGCGAGAACGAGAAUGGCAAGCGAAAAAGAGGACAGUUCCGCAAGACAGGCAGACUCGGUUUACAGUCACCGAAAUCCUUCUGUGUGUCUCAUUUCCUUGGAGUGGAUGUCCGUUGAAGGCUGAGAUCCUGCAAAAAAAUGGACGACGGCUUGCUGCUCUCCGGCCACAGGAGAUCACAACCACGUUCUGACAGACAGAGAAAGCUAAGCGCGAGCGUAAUCGAGAGAAAGAGAGAUCGAAAGGAAAAGAAAGAGACACAGUUCCUCUCUUGGCUUCAUUUAGUGGGACGAAGGAGGACAAGGGUUUCUCUGAGUGCUGAGAAUCGCCAAUUCCGCCGCAAAGACGCUCUCAAAUGAGGACCCGCCGCGGCUGUUUUUCGCCGUUGAUGUAGCAUGCAUGCGUGUGAAUGCGUGUGAGUGAGUCCGGAGAACAGAAAAAACUGUCAGGGUCUCAAAGGAGAAACGGUGACGGAGGAAAUGUCUCAUAUUCAUCUGCAAUUUCUCUGUACAGAGGUGUACAGACUGCCCUUCUUUUUGGCAAGCAACUCGUGCAUGCAUCUCUGAGCAGAAAACACGAAACUCCUUUUCACUAUCGACCACGCACGUGCACGCAUAUCCACAGUGAAUUAAAAAUAAAAAUUGUUACAGAUGGUCAGUUAAUUGUAGGGGUACGUAUCUGGAAAUAUAUUAUAUACAUAGACAGACAGAGAGAGGGAGAGGUACACAGAUGUCUGUAGAAGAGAGGGACGUUGUACUGCAUGAACAGGCGCAUCGCGAGACAUGCCCCCUGUUCUAGGAGCUACAGAGAAGUCUGAAAUGCUCAUGGUGCUCCAAGAGAAGACAGCUGUCGCAAUCGACAAGGAACGAGAGAGGAAGCGCUUCCUUGCGCGCAGCAAGGACGGGAGAAAAUCCCCUGUUCCAACGAAGCUGUCAGCUCAGCUGCAAAGGACGAUUCAGUCGAAAGGAAAGGGGGAAAAGCUCCUGGUUCUGGAACAGGCAUGGUUGAAAGAAGCCAUAACCGAGAUCAAAAUGAAAAAUGUACGUGGUACAAGUGCUGCCUCAGGGACGCAAAAAGAGCUUUCGGGCACCCCCUUCGACGUUCAGCAUUGGCGCCUCUACAGAUCCGCGUCGGCAGCUUUAAAAAAUGUGAUUAGACUGUGAAAAAGUCAAACUGAUGAAGCAACGUAGACCCACAGUGUACGUUUUCGUCUCCUUAACUAACACGAAAGACUCCUGCAGCUUGCGGCAGGUACGUGCAUGAGAGUCAUAAGUGUAUGUAUGUAUAUAUAUAUAUAUAUAUAUAUAUAUAUAUAUAGGUGUGUGCGCCCCUGCUUUGGGAUAUGCCUUGCUAGGUGGACUGAAUUCUGACGGAGGAGAGCUAAUAAGGUGGUUCAUUUAUGCGUAGCGAAGUCCUCUCUCUUUUUCAUCGCACAACCGUCGACUGGGAUUGGUCGGUAAUGUGUCUAAAUUAGCGGGUUCAGCGGUGUUUAUCGUUCUUUAUCAUUCGUGAAGAUGUGUAGGAGCUCUUAGCCCAUGUGCGUCAUUGUGCGGUUCCCUGUCGCGUCCGUCUUUCUCUUUGGCUUGAUUUAUGUUUGGCCGCUUAGCGUAGUACUGGCGGAUGAUCCCUCAAGUCCCCGAGAGUUGACACAGAUAAACAGUUUUCGAC